UGCCGCCACAUCGAUCCAAGUCGGAGAAAAACGACGGCAUUGCGAAGCAUCUUCGUCGAGAUCCUUAUGAGGUGCUUGGGGUCUUGAGAAACUCUACGGAUCAGGAAAUUAAGAGCGCGUACAGAAAAAUGGCCCUCAAGGUACAUCAGAGUACACUAGUUUGAGGAUAUUGAUAACCAUGGUUAAUUAUAAGGUAAAUUCACUUGCGUACAUGGAGUAUACCAAGUAUUUAGGACCUGAAUUGGGAUGGCAUUUUCGAACCAUAACUGGAGAUUUAUGAGUGAUUGGGGUUCGGUGUGAUGGUUUGCCUUCCCAAUGAUAGUGUGUAGGACAGUCAUUUAUCAACAUAUAGCAAUAGCUGUGGAGGACUUGGCCAAGCUUCAGAUUUUUAGUGUUGGUAUUUGCCAGUUAGACAACAGAUUUUGCUUAGAUCAGGUGUCCCAUACCAUGCUUGUGCAGGGAUAGGCAUUUGAAGCAGAAUAACGCUGGCCUUUAGUGACUGGUUGGAUAUGUGGAAUACUUGUCAAACAACAGAUAAAACCAUAACUAAAGUAUCCAAAUGAUUGUUUCCAACAUGUGUCCAAAGAAUGGUUUAUUUGCCCUGAUGAUGCUCCUUUCCAGCAAGCAGCUAUGACAAAUGAAAUAUGUGAUUUGGGACAUACAAUGUAUGGCAUGGACUACUUUUCAGAUAGGUUCACGUUGGACAUCUCUUGACAUUAAGCAUAUAAAGUUCUGGUUAUACACCCAAAAAACUUGCUGUAUUGAGGCGGCUGAGCUAUAAAUGCUAAUCUUAGCUGUUUCAGGUACCAUCCUGAUAAGAAUGGAAAUGAUCCUGUUGCAGCUGAUAUGUUCAAGGAGGUUACAUUUUCUUAUAAUAUAUUGUCUGAUCCGGAUAAAAGACGCCAGUAUGACACUGCUGGUUUUGAGGCUGUUGAAGCUGAUAACCAAGAAUUGGAGCUAGAUCUUUCAAGUUUGGGGGCUGUGAACACCAUGUUUGCUGCGCUUUUUAGUAAACUUGGCGUGCCAAUUAAGACCACUGUGUCUGCAACUGUUUUGGAGGAGGCACUUAAUGGUGCGGUCAUUGUUCGCCCACUUCAGCUGGGGCAACCUAUUUCUAGGAAGGUUGAAAAACAAUGCGCUCACUUCUACUCUGUCACAAUAACAGAGGACGAAGCAAGAGAUGGGUUUGUUUGCCGAGUACAAUCAUCUGAUAAAAGCAAGUUCAAGUUAUUAUAUUUUGAGCUAGAAGAAAAUGGUGGAUUAAGCCUUGCACUGCAGGAGGACAGUGCUAAAACAGGAAAAGUUACAUCUGCUGGAAUGUAUUUUCUUGGCUUCCCUGUCUAUUGCUUGGAUCAAACAACCAACUCAGUAGCUGCCGCAAAGGAUCCAGAUGCAGCUUUCUUCAAAAAACUGGAUGGAUUUCAACCAUGUGAAAUAACUGAAUUAAAACCAGGCAAACAUGUAUUUGCCGUUUAUGGUGACAACUUUUUCAAAAGUGUAAGUUACACAAUAGAAGCUAUUUGUGCUGCCCCAUUCAUAGAGGAAAAGGAGAAUCUUAGAGCAGUGGAGGCAGAGAUUCUGUCCAAACGAGCAGAAUUGUCAAAGUUUGAAACUGAAUACAGAGAAGUCCUGGCACAAUUUACUGAGAUGACAGGCAGAUACACGAAGGAAAUGCAAGAGAUUGAUGAGCUUCUGAAACAAAGGAAUGAGAUUCAUGCCUCGUACACAACUAUUCCUCUAAUUAAGCGGAGUUCAAGUAGGAAAAAGAGUAAGGCUGCCUCCAAAGAGGCCAAAGAAGAUGGUGAAGUAAGAGACAGGAAACCUUCUACGAGGGAUAGAACCAAGAAGAAAUGGUAUAAUAUCCCCUUAAAAGUUGACAAGAGAAAGCCAUGCUGAACAGGUUAUAAAAAGUCAGCAACUUUUGGGGUCUGAAAGUAAUCUGUUUGUGCACCCAAAAUUUACUUCCGUGGCUCAACACAUGUGCAGCCAAGUAAGACAUUGCAACAUGAUAUGUUGAUCAUGAAGUGAAGAAGAUUGUUUAACCAUUUCUCCAGCAUGUCAAGGAUGACAACAACUCAUUGUAUAAUUCUUUCUUCUUUUUUGCCAUUUUAUUCGGGUCUUACGCGGAUAUUUUUUUCUCCUUUCCUAUCCCCAACUAAGAAUACUUGUAAAUUGCAUAAAAUGAAUUGGUAGCAUGGACAAUCGGGCUUGAUUAACUCCAUUAUGUAUCUUGCCUGGGCUGCCUGUACUUCUCAUAUCGCCUCCUCCCAUAACUCUUUUUUUGCAGGGGUUGUAUUUUUGGGUUAAAGAAAAGAAAGUCUAUUAGACUGUGCUUGCUGUGGCCAGAAAA